UGUUGACAGAAGUUUGAGACGUUUUCGACUUUUUGCCCACAUGGAAGAUAUUGAAGUCGUUAUCAAUGACGUAUUUGUUAUCUUUGCCCGAUAAGAAUGUGGAAACGUGCAGGUUUGGACCCAGGGACACUCCGUGAAUGUCCGUGUCUGUGUCUGUGUGAUGUCCCUAUCUUCGGAAUAAAUGAAUCAGUCACUUCCCAUUUGAUAGUAUUUACGAAUCGUGCAAUAACAAUGAGUUAACAAAGGCUCUAUUAUUUCGUUCAACUACGUUUUAGUUUGUGUUUUUAUACGUGAAACUAUGUGAUAAUUCGAAAAAAAUGCCCAGUAGUAGCUACGGAUAUGAACCCAUCGGCGACCCUUGCCACCAGAUCCUAGAUUUAAAUUUGGAAGAUGUCCACUGCAACCUCUAUGGUUAUAAAGAAAGCCGCCUUCGUUCCUUUUUUUAUCAUUUGUGUGGGGUAGUCCUUCUUGGAAUCCCCUACUUGGUUUGUAGCUGGUUUUCUCCACUCAGAACCGUCAAAUUUAAAAAAUGUCACCUUGAAGAAGCCACGGUUGUUCUAAUCAAGGACGCACACGGUAACGACGACCUGCUUAAAGUUAAGACUGAGAAUGCUAAACUGCCAACCCAAGAACAUGUACGUCUGCGGUUUUUUCAUUAUAGGCACGCGAAGUUUGUCUGGAUACCGCGACAAGAAGUGUUCGGACCUUUAGAUUUGUUGAUUCCGACUCAAACCGUAGAUGGCCUCUUGGAUAACACAGAGGGGCUUUUUUACAAUGACUACGUGGAUGCCUUGAAGUUGUACGGCCCUAAUAAAAUCGAAAUCGAGGUUAAGAGCUACUGGAGGCUUUUCAUUGACGAAGUUUUUAAUCCAUUUUACGUGUUCCAAGUAUUCUCUAUAAUCCUGUGGUGUUUGGACGACUAUUACAUUUACGCUUGUUGUGUUUUAAUAUUGACUCUCUUCUCUGUGAUUACUAGUCUUCGACAAACCCGAAAGCAAAGCGAAGCUUUGCACGACUUAGUUGAAUCUUCCAAGUGCCACGAUGUCAAGGUCAUGCGCCAGAAUCUCUUAUCAGAGAAUAUUGUGCAAGACGCCGACCCCGAGGAACUCGUCCCUGGGGACCUUUUAGUGCUUCCAAAGAGCAAUUUCGUGCUGCCGUGUGACGCAGUAUUACUGACUGGGCAGUGUAUUGUCAACGAAAGUAUGUUAACAGGCGAGAGCGUGCCAGUGGUCAAAACAUCCCUCCAUUCAAGCAACGAAGUCUAUAGUCCGUCCACUCACAAAAGACACACUCUGUUUUCCGGAACCUACAUGAUCCAGAGCCGCUAUUAUGGCGACGAGCAGGUCUUAGCUAGAGUCGUCUGCACGGGCUUCAACACCACGAAAGGUGCCCUCGUUAAAAGCAUCCUGUUCCCCACGCCCGUGGGGCUCCAAUUUUACAAAGACAGCCUCAAGUUUGUCCUAGCUUUGUUCGUUUUAGCAGGCGCUGGAACCGGCUACUGCUUAUAUUUGUACCUCCACAGAAAGGCAAAAAUCAUGGAAAUGGUGAUUCGCAGCCUAGACAUAAUAACCAUCGUCGUACCCCCGGCUCUCCCCGCCGCCAUGACAGUAGGUAUAGUCUACAGCCAAAGCCGCCUCAAAAAACUCAAGAUAUUUUGCAUAAGCCCGCCCAAAAUCAACGUGUGCGGCAAAGUCAAGUUGGCCUGUUUCGACAAAACGGGCACUCUGACCCACGACGGUCUCGACAUGCACUCGGUCGUCCCCGUCGCUCAGGCCAAGUUCACCGAGCCAAUCACAGACUGCCAGUACCUAGAAACCGGGGAUAGGUUAGUUCAAGCCAUGGCGACGUGCCACUCCCUCACCCAAAUCGACGAAAAACUGACCGGCGAUCCGCUGGAUUUGAGCAUGUUCGAGUUCACGGGAUGGCACCUGGAAGAGCCCGGUGAAGACGAAACCGCAAGAUACGACAUGAUCGCCCCUACUAUAGUCAAGCCCGACAAACCUCUGAAAGAAGCAGGAGACUCCCCUGAUGUAACUAAUCGCGACAAUGAUUAUCAUUGGUUGAUUGUUGUUGGUUUGCAGUUCCCGUACCAAAUCGGAAUCAUCCGCCAGUUCCCCUUCUCCUCGACUUUGCAGUGCAUGUCUGUGAUUUGUCGAGAGUUGAAUUCGCAGAAUAUGGUGGCUUUUGCUAAAGGUGCCCCUGAGAAGGUUUUGACUAUGUGUCAGCCGGAGACGCUGCCGGAAGAUUUUGUGGUGAGGUUGUCGAAGUACGCGGGGCGGGGUUAUAGGGUUAUAGGGUUGGCUUAUAAGGAGAUGUCGGAGAAGUUUAAGUGGAAGGAGGCGCAAAGGGCGAAGAGGGAUGUGAUCGAGUGUGAUUUGAUUUUUUUGGGGUUGUUGGUGAUGCAGAAUACUUUGAAGCCGGAGACGACGCCCGUGAUUAAGGUUUUGCACAAUGCUAAUAUUAGGACUGUGAUGAUUACAGGCGACAACAUUCUAACCGCAAUUUCUGUAGCACGCGAUUGCGAAAUGGUGAAAGAAACCGAUCAGAUUUUUAUUUUAAACACUAGAAACACAAGAAACGACGACCAAAACGUGCUUCCAGAAUUAGUGUUAGAAAGUACAGCCAGUACUCCGACUAGCAGCGUGUCUAUAGACAUCGACGUCACGAAGUGCCACCUAGCCAUCGACGGGAGAACCUGGACCAAAAUUAAGACCUUCUACCCAGACCUGUUGCCAAACUUACUAAUGCGAACGACGGUCUUCGCCAGAUUCCAACCCGACCAAAAAACACAGUUGAUAACCUAUUUACAGAGUCUGGAUUACGUUGUGUCGAUGGUGGGGGACGGCGCGAACGACUGCGGGGCUUUGAAAGCGGCACACGUUGGAGUGUCGUUGUCGCAAGCUGAGGCGAGCGUUGCCGCUCCGUUCACAUCAGCGAUCCAGGAUAUAUCUUGUUUAGUUCAUUUGAUUUUAGAAGGCCGCUGCGCGCUAGUGACCAGUUUCGCCGUCUUCAAGUACAUGGCGCUGUACAGUUUGAUACAAUUCACAACAGUUUUAAUUCUAUACAGGCAACACUCGAUCCUAGGCGACGUCCAGUUCCUCUUCAUCGAUUUAGUAAUCACGACGAGUCUCGCAGUGACCAUUGGGCGCCAAGGUCCUUCAAAAAGACUAGGGGCGAAACGACCCCCAGGGUCUUUAGUCGCCGCUGCCACUCUCGUUCCAAUUUUUCUCCAAAUUUUUCUUUGCGUCUUCGUCCAAAUCGGGACUCUCGUGUACUUGUACCAACAGGACUGGUUCAAACCCGUGCCCCCUAAAAGCAAAGAAGAGGUCAUCGUCUGCUGGGAAAACACUGUCCUUUUUGCCGUUUCCUCCUUCCAGUACGUCAUUCUAGCCUUCGUUUACUCCAAAGGGCGACCCUACCGGCAAACCCUCAUCCACAACGGGUGGUUUCUGGCGUGCGCUGUCGCCCUAUCGUGCUUUCAAGUCUGGCUGCUCAUAGCUCCGUCGAAAGCAGUGGCCGAGUUUUUCGAGAUCAUGUUUCUGCCGCACCGCGCCCACGAGCAGGUCGAUUUCAGGUACAAGUUGCUGCUGAUUCCGAUUGGACACCUCCUGGCGGCGGUCUUCAUAGAGGUGGCCGUCUCCGACCGGGAGUGGUUUCGCAAGUUUUUGCACCACGUCACGCUGAAACGAAUCCCUAAAAAUAAAUACAAAUUGCUUUUGCAAGAUAACGAUGUUCGCCUCAAUUUAUUGCAUUUGUAGGAAUUACCAGAGUAUUAUGUUUAUAUCUGCUUGAUUAUAAAUACAAGGAUCUAAUCAUAA